AGCGCGAGGACGCGCGCCGAAAGCAGAUUGUGUACGCCAGGGAUUUGUUCCCGCACGCUACUGACCCCCCGCUGUCUCAUUUCAGCCUGGAGACCAGGUCAUGAUGCGCGAACGUCGAAAUGAACCAUUUGCAAAGAAAUGGGUGGGUCCAUAUCAAGUCGUGAAACAACUCGAUGAUGUCACGUAUGAGGUCCUCCACGAUAAUGGGGUUGCACAACUUCACGUAGAUGACCUCAGACCAUCGAGAACCCGAUAUAGAGUAAUAAACUCUAGGGCCCGAGACAUCCUCAUUCCACGUCCGGACGAGGAUGAGUCUCAAGACAUUCUCCCUGAAGAUCUUCCGUUCUCACCCUAA